UCCUAUCUCACUUCUCUCUCUCACCACAUAAAACUCACAAUUCUCUCAAUCGAACUCAAAGAAUAACAUACAGAAAGAAAAAAAACCCUUAUCUCAUCACACAAAAGAAUCUCUUUUCUUCAUUAUGGCCUCAGUAACCUCAGCCACCGUCGCGAUCCCAUCUUUCACCGGCCUUAAAGCCUCAACCAUCAAACCCUCCGCCUCCGUCAGAAUCAACACCGCUGUUGCUGCGUCACGGAAGCUCACAGUGAAGUCAUCUCUAAAGGACUUCGGAGUGGCGGCCGUAGCCGCUGCAGCUUCAAUUGCUUUGGCUGGAAACGCCAUGGCGAUAGAGGUUCUCUUGGGAGGAGGAGAUGGGUCAUUAGCUUUUAUUCCCAACGACUUCUCUAUCUCCAAAGGAGAGAAGAUCGUGUUCAAGAACAAUGCUGGGUUCCCGCACAACGUUGUGUUCGAUGAGGACGAGAUCCCAAGUGGCGUCGACGUGGCCAAGAUCUCGAUGAGCGAGGAAGCUCUCCUUAACGCUCCCGGAGAGACCUACGAGGUUUCUUUGACCGAGCCUGGAACUUACAGUUUCUACUGUGCGCCACACCAGGGUGCUGGUAUGGUCGGUAAAGUCACCGUUAACUAAAAUUUGUGUGUGAGUAAGCGAGGGAGUCUCGGACUCAACUAGAGGCUUUUCUUUCACAUUCUUACAUUAUUACAUUAUGUGGUUUUUGUAAUUUUAAAGAGUGUUGAAUCGAAUGGAUCGUGGUUGUUGUAAUGUGACUGGUUCCAUAAAAUUGCUUUUUGUUGGUUAAUAAUUAAAUCAUAUGUAGUUUAUGUUUUGUC